UGGUAAUCUGCUUAGUGUCGGUAAGUACCCAGCUAGAAGCCAGCCAGCGUCCAGAUUGUCUCUUCCUGCCCCAGAUAUGCGACUCAGACAAUAACAAAGCGAGGCUCGAGGAAACAUGUGGCGCGAUCGCUUCACUGGCACGAAAUAUGCACCUCCUCUCCUUCAGGAACUGCAUUGACAGAGUCGUGGAAGAGGUUCUGGUUGGUCCCCUCAACUCGAAGAUGUUUGGCAGCGUCUCUAAGAAGUGGUUUGUGAAGAAGCAGAAGAGGCACCAGCACAGGUCUGGCAGGAGGCCGUGCACCAGGAAGAAGAAGAGAUGGGCGUCCAAGAUCCUCAAACGGCACCGCCAAAAGAUCCUGAGCGAGCUGGACGUCAGCGCGGUGCUUCCCUACCUGGUAUAUGAUAAGGUUUUCACACUGGGGGAGUAUAAGGAGAUACUGGGACACGAGUCCAGCAAGAAACGGACGGAGGUAUUCUUGGACCAUCUGUCCUGUAAGGGGCCGGCUGCAUUCUGUUCAUUCUGCUCUGUUUUGGAGGAAGAGUGUCCUCACCUGCUGACUUCCUUUCUGCUGGAUGAAAAAGAUGGUGCCCCGCGACAGGCCAGGAACGGGGGACUCCCAGUGCCCCCUAACAGUCCAGGAGAGCAACCUCUGUGCUCCCCUCCCACGUACACCGACCCCGUGUUUGACUCCAGGAUACACCCGAGCCCGACUGCUGGCUCCAUCACAGGCUCGUCAGUGAGCACCAUUCAGGGCAAACCAUCACUCCGCCGCAUCAAGGGCCGCAUCCACAGGAGCAAGAGCCUGGACAGCCUUGAUCUGCUCGACUCCCAUAGUGCAGCGAUGGAGGAGACUGUCAUUUGGGAACAGCACACAGUAACACUGCACAGGGCACCAGGGUUUGGCUUCGGGAUAGCCAUAUCAGGAGGUCGAGAUAACCCUCAUUUUCAGAGUGGCGAGACCUCCAUUGUAAUUUCGGAUGUGCUGAAAGGUGGCCCUGCAGAUGGCCUGCUGCAGGAAAAUGACAGAGUCGUUAUGGUCAAUGCUGUCUCCAUGGACAAUGUGGAGCACGCAUACGCCGUCCAGCAGCUUCGUAAAAGUGGGAAAAUUGCCAAAAUUACAAUCAGACGGAAGAGAAAGGUGCAUGUCCCCAUGGGCCGCCUCGGGGAGAGAGAAACUAUGUCGGAGCAUGACGAGGAGGAGGACAGCUAUGACGAAGAGAUCUACGAGACGCGGAGCGGACGCAGCGCGGCCUACAGCGGUGUGGGCGGGGCCAUGAGCCGGCGCAGCGGCCGGAGCAGCGGGCGGCGGGACAGGCGACGUGAACGCAGCGGCUCGCGAGAGAGGAGCCUCUCCCCGCGCUUAGACCGCCACUCGCACAACCUGCCCCCGCGUCCCGCAAAGAUCACACUUGUCAAAUCUCGCAAAAAUGAAGCAGAAUAUGGCCUCCGCCUGGCCAGCCACAUCUUUGUCAAGGACAUUUCCCCCGAGAGCCUGGCAGCCAGAGACGGCAACAUCCAGGAAGGAGAUGUUGUUCUGAAGAUCAAUGGCACAGUGACAGAAAACCUCUCCUUGAUAGAUGCCAAGAAGCUGAUAGAAAGGUCAAAGGGCAAGCUAAAAAUGGUUGUGCAGAGGGACGACAGGGCGACCCUGCUGAACAUCCCUGACCUCGAUGACAGCAUCGCUUCAGCCAACGCCUCUGACCGAGACGACAUUUCAGAUAUCCAUUCUCUGGCAUCCGACCAUUCCAAUCGAUCGCAUGACAGACAUCGCAGCAGCCGCUCCCGCUCUCCAGACAGAAGAUCUGAACCCUCAGACCACUCCAGACACUCGCCCCCACAGAUCAGCAAUGGCAGCAGUCACAGAAGUCGUGAUGACGAACGGUCCUCGAAGCCGUCUUCUACUCCAGUGAAGCUACCAGAGGACGUUCCUCUGCCCAAACCGAAGGAGGCGGCUGUUGCUCGAGAGGAGAAACAGCUCCCACCACUCCCAGAGCCCAAGCCGGUGUAUGCUCAGCCUGGACAGCCAGAUGUAGACCUGCCAGUCAGUCCCUCUGAUGCCCCUAUGCCGAGUGCUGCCCAUGACGAAAGCAUCCUACGGCCAAGCAUGAAGCUGGUGAAGUUCAGGAAGGGGGAGAGCGUGGGGCUGCGGCUGGCCGGGGGGAACGACGUGGGCAUCUUUGUAGCCGGAGUGCUCGAGGACAGCCCGGCUUCUAAGGAGGGCCUGGAUGAGGGCGACCAAAUACUCAGGGUAAAUAAUGUAGAUUUUUCAAACAUAAUCCGAGAGGAGGCGGUGCUGUUCCUACUGGACCUCCCUAAGGGUGAAGAGGUCACCAUUCUGGCCCAGAAGAAGAAAGAUGUGUAUCGGCGGAUUGUGGAGUCUGAUGUCGGGGACUCCUUCUACAUCCGGACACACUUUGAGUACGAGAAGGAAUCUCCGUACGGGUUGAGCUUUAACAAGGGGGAGGUGUUCCGGGUGGUGGACACCCUCUACAACGGGAAGCUGGGCUCCUGGCUGGCGAUCCGCAUCGGCAAGAAUCACCAAGAGGUGGAGAGAGGCAUCAUCCCCAACAAAAACAGAGCGGAGCAGCUGUCCAGCGUGCAAUACACUCUCCCCAAAACAGCGGGCGGCGACAGGGCGGACUUCUGGAGGUUUCGUGGUCUUCGGAGUUCAAAGAGGAACCUGAGGAAGAGCAGAGAGGAUCUCUCCUCCCAGCCAGUCCAGACAAAGUUCCCGGCUUAUGAAAGAGUUGUACUGAGAGAGGCCGGUUUCCUGAGACCCGUGGUGAUAUUUGGGCCGAUAGCUGAUGUUGCUCGAGAAAAGCUUGCCAGAGAAGAGCCAGAUCUUUUUGAGCUUGCGAAGAGUGAACCGAGAGAUGCAGGAACAGACCAGCGGAGUUCAGGAAUCAUUCGUCUUCACACCAUCAAGCAGAUCAUUGACAGAGACAAACACGCCGUCCUGGACAUCACCCCCAACGCUGUGGACCGACUGAACUACGCUCAGUGGUACCCGAUUGUGGUCUUCCUAAAUCCUGAUACGAAGCAGGGGGUGAAGAACAUGAGGACCAGGCUGUGUUCAGAGUCCAGGAAGAGCGCCAGGAAGCUCUAUGAGAGAGCCAUCAAACUGAGGAAGAAUAAUCACCACCUGUUCACCACCACCAUCAACAUGAACAAUAUGAAUGACGGCUGGUACGGAGCUCUGAAAGAAACGACCCAGCAGCAGCAGAACCAGUUGGUGUGGGUGUCGGAGGGCAAGGCGGAUGGCACGACGGAGGAUGACUUGGACAUCCACGACGACCGUCUGUCCUACCUGUCCGCGCCAGGAAGUGAAUACUCCAUGUACAGCACGGACAGCCGCCACACGUCUGACUACGAGGACACGGACACGGAGGGCGGAGCCUACACGGACCAGGAGCUGGACGAGACGCUGAACGACGAAGUGGGCCUGCCCACGGAGCCCGCCAUCACCCGCUCUUCCGAGCCCGUGCGAGAAGACCCGCCAGUAAUUCAGGACACCCCUGGUUACCCUGGAUACCAGCAACCGGUGCAGCCCGACCCAGCUAGUCGCAUAGACCCUGCCGGGUUCAAGAUGGCUGCGCCGCAACAGCGAGCUGAGGCUGCUCCGCCCCCUGCUGUUGAGCAGCCUGUACAGCUUGAGCCUAUGCACCUAGAGGAGCCGCCUGCUGCAGCCGCAGCUCCUCAGGCCGACUCACUUAGCAGCCUCAGCCCUGCCCCUGAGCUUAUUCAGUCACCACAUGAACCCCACCCAUCUGGACCGCCUGGUCCAGAACCAAAGAUGUACAAGAAAGAUCUGUACAAUAUGGAGGACCCUGUGCGUAUCCACCAUGGCCUGAAGCAGUCUUUGAGCUACUGUCACCAGCCGUUCCAGGACAAACAGCCAUACCGCGAAUACCACCACCCGCCUUACGGAUACGACGGCUACUCAGAACCAAAGCCUCACAACACCGACUCUCACCCGCACUACGACAACCGUGUGCCUCAUUACAACGAACAGUGGCCCCCCUACGACCAGCAGACCUCGUCCUCCCAGCCCGCAGGGUACCAGCCGGGCCACCAGCAACCCAUGGGCUACAACGCCCGGUCGCCCUACGACGACGGACCGGGGCGGGACUACAGCCCCACUCGGCCGCGUUACGACGAGGCCCCUCCCGCGGGCUACGACGGCCGCCGACGGCACAGUAAACCUGGGCCCGUUCGUUACGAUGAGCUCCCGCCCCCGUCUGCCUACGAUGCCCGCUCCCCUUACGAGGCAGAACCUCACGGCUUCCCCAUUAAUUCGCCUCGAUCGCCGGAGCCCCCAAAGCAGUAUUACGGUGACUCUGGUCUGAGGCCCACCUACAUUCCUGGGCCGGCAAACCGUGGCUUUAAGCAAGGGAUGCACGAGCCGAUGAUGAACUCUGAGCCCACAAUUCCCCUUCCUAAACCAGAGACCCUGCCCUCUCCCGGUGAGCCAGCGACCACUCCGGGAUCCAAACCCCUCCCCCCUCCGCCACGGGAAGACCUGGACGAGGACCCGGCCAUGAAGCCACAGUCGGUGCUCAACAGAGUGAAGAUGUUUGAGAAUAAACGGUCUGUUUCUAUGGACAGGGCUAAAGAAGGAGGGGAAUCGGCUCUCAGGCCGGCAGAUGUUCCUAAACCUGUGAUUGCACCUGGCCCCGUCCUCAAAGCCAACUCCCUGAGCAACCUGGAGCAGGAGAAGUCCAGCUACAGGGCCCCUGAGCCACAGAAGCCUCAUACGAACCACUAUGACCCAGAUGAGGACGAGGAGUACUACAGGAAGCAGUUGUCCUACUUCGAUCGCCGCAGCUUCGACAGCAAGGCCAUGAGCCAACCGAGUCCUGGCAUCAACCGCUUCCACGAUCUGCCCAAACCAGCUCAGAUGUCCUACCCUUACAACAGAGUGGAGUCUGUAGAGAAGGUGAGUCCAGUGGAGAAACGAUAUGAACCCUUGCUACAAAUCAGCCCAUCCUCUCAGUACGGGCCCCCGGGGUCCGCCACGUCGCCCAACACACUGCUCAAGCUCAGCCCCAACGACGCCAACUCCAUACCCGAGCUACUGAGUUCAACCAAUCCUAAACCCGAGCUGCCAGCUCUCAGGCCGGCCGGCCGAGAUGACCCCCCCCCUGGCGGCUACCUGCCCCCCAGGGGCCUCCCCGACAAAUCCCCGGUCAAUGGCGUCGAAACGGCGCCCCCGAAGACGCUGGGCGCUCCGACGAGCUACAACCGCUACGUCCCCAAGCCGUACAGCAGCUCCGCCCGGCCCUUCGAGCGCAAGUUUGAGAGCCCCAAGUUCAACCACAACCUGCUGCCCAACGACACGCCGGUGAAGACGGAGCUCUUCGGGAAGCCCAGCGGGGGGAAGCCGGCGCUGUCGCCGCAGCCCCCGGACCACGACAGCGGUCUGGACACCUUCACGCGCACCGUGGACAACAGGCCCAAAUACCAGCACAAUAACAUCAACGCCAUUCCCAAGGCCGUCCCUGUCAGCCCCAGCACGCUGGACGACGACGACGAGGACGAAGGACACACGGUGGUGGCCACGGCCCGGGGGAUUUUCAACUGUAACGGAGGGGUCCUGAGCUCCAUCGAGACGGGCGUCAGCAUCAUCAUCCCCCAGGGCGCCAUCCCCGAGAACGUGGAGCAGGAGAUUUACUUCAAGGUGUGCCGGGACAACAGCAUCCUGCCCCCCCUCGACAAGGAGAAAGGAGAAACGCUGCUAAGUCCGCUGGUGAUGUGCGGCCCGCAUGGACUCAAGUUCCUGAAGCCAGUGGAGCUGCGCUUACCUCACUGUGCGUCUAUGACCCCCGAUGGUUGGUCUUUUGCUCUAAAAUCCUCCGACUCCUCGUCGGGUGAUCCUAAAACCUGGCAGAACAAAUCUCUCCCCGGAGACCCAAACUACCUGGUGGGGGCAAACUGUGUGUCCGUGCUCAUUGACCACUUCUGAAGAGGGCAACAGCUGGCCUGUUACUGAAUGUGAUAAACAGGGGACCUCGGGUGCACGAUGCUCGAUUAAGUAUGAACCUGAUGCUCUCACGUUGUUAGCUGUGCCCUAAAAAUUAAAAAAGAAAAAUAUCGACACACACAAGGAGAGUCGGAGGAGUCCAGCAUCCCCAACGCUGGACUCCUCUUUUCCUUUCUUUUUUUUCUCCGGUGCUUUCAAGGCUUGCAAAAAAUAAAGAUUAAAACAAGUUAUUCAAACAAAGGAACUGAAGUUGGAAUGCAUGACCAGUGCCACAGACUGAAUAAUCUCGUUUUGACUAUUUUUUAAAGCUAAUUUUGUAAAAAGGUCUGAGCGGUGCAGAAAAAAUGAGAAUUUCUGGAAACUCAUUCAAUAUUGCAAUGGGAUUUUUCGGGUACUGUAAAAAAAGAAAAAAAAUACAAAAGAAAUAAAAACUCACAAACAGCAAAGUUGGUAUAUGCAAAACUUUUGUUUGUGAGUUCUGUGGUCAUGCGUUUCACUCAUGAAGGAUCUCUAAAGACUUGAGAAAGCCCGACUCAUGAAGGAAGACGCAGAGGCAUCAUUUAGAUGAAGAAGAAAAAAAAGGAAAAAGAAGAAGGUUAAGUAUUAGUACCAGAUGCCCAUUUGUUCUGACGGGGCUCUCUCUGUUUAAAACUGAUGUUUUGUAGCAAUGUUUUACCGUAGAUAAAUAUACUGACUUGAUUUUACAAACUCCUGCUGUCUAGAGAUCUAUGCAUGUGCUAUGACUCAGGUCCAGAAGCCUGCUACUACUAAAUUCAACACAUGAAAAUCCCAUCGUACACUGCAAGCAGUGAUGCCUUAUCUGCAUAUUAACUUUUCAGUGAAACUUUAAAACAUCGGUUCCUUCAGUUAUAGCGAUCACUACGGAAGAAAAAGGUGUCUCUGCAUUUUCUCAUAAACAGUGAACUUGGAUUUAGCACACGAGAAUAAUUGAGGCUGAUGAAAAGGUAUGCUUUCUUUUACUGCUAUGCAUAUGAAGUUUGAGGAAAUACAAAAAGCUAGAAGAUGAUAAAUUGUUGCUGUACAUAUUGCUAGUAUAUGGCCUUGGUUCUCUGUAAAUGAACUUUUGUACAUCUUUGUUAUUUUGUAUAAAAGAGAAAACGUUUGUUUAAAAAGAGAAGGCAGUUACAUUGGUUAUGUUUGUAUUCUGGUUAUACCCCUGAGCCUUGGAACUGACAUAAGCAGUAAUAAGUCUGACUUUUCUACCAACAUAUACACACACUACUUAAGGCAUUUUUAACGGUCAGAAAACUUUUUAUUCUUAUUUACAAAAUAGAGAAGUGCUUGGUUUAAAUGAUUUUAAAAGAUGUUCUUGAGGGGGUCUGCUGUGACGAGUGGUCCCUUCCUUUAUUUGUGAUACUGGAUGCUGUAUUGUGUGCCCUGAAAUGUAUUUUUGUACUAAUAGACAAUUUAUUAUGGCACAUCGGUACUAUUUUCUUUUGAUAUGACAACACUGCUUCAACACAACACUAGUUUAUUUCCCCGUGUGGCUGACAUUUUUAUUUAUUUAUGUUCCUUUGGUUCAACUUUUUUUUUCUUUCUCAUUUGCGUCACAUUUCUAAGUAUACCACUGUAUUAAUAAAUAAAUUCAUUUUUAAAGUAA